AUGAAAAAGUAUCAGCUCAUAGGGCGCAAAAAGGUUCUUAUUAAGAAAAAGGAUAUAUCUGAAAAAUAUUCACAAUAUCAUCUUUACUCUUUGCCAAUCGAGCUCUUGAUUGAAAUUUUCGAUUAUUGUAAAGACGACAAAAGAGCCCUUUUAAGUUUAUCAUUGGUAUGCAAUAAGUUUAAUAACAUAAUUAAUAAGAAUUUUUUGUAUAAAACUGUCUGUUUUCAAUCAUCAAAGGUAUUUUACAAGUUUUCUAUCAAUCAUUUACCGUCAUCAAGCAGCUCCUUUGUGAAGAGAUCACGAUGGAACGAAACGAGCUCGAAAGUGAAUUUCAUACAAAACGUUAAGUUUCUGAGUCCUCCCUCUUAUAAGUCCAUUGAUCAUACUACACAGAUAGGAGGAUAUCAAAUUGAAGUUGACUGUCGAAAUUCAAUAAACACUUAUAACCAUUACAUGGAUUCAUUUGCAUCAUUACUCAAAGAGGCUUUUGGUUUGAAGACAGUGUCGAUAGAUGAAAUUUCACCAUUUUUUUCAUUUCCUAUAGAGUUUUCGCAGGAAAGCCUUACACUGAAUUAUGUUUGGAAGAAGAGACAACCUAGUAGAGUAUUAGAUAAGUUAGUUCUUAAAGCACAAUCAGGCUGGUCCAUUCCUUUCAAAUUGUCGCAUAUUUCGUUGAUGCUGUCUGUGUUCGAUAUUAUUAAUGAGUUAGUGUUGCAUAAUUUUGUAUUGGAUGACGAAAAGCUAUUGACUGGUCAACUACCGAAGAAAUUAAUUGUCAAAAAAUUAACUUUGCAGUCAUGUCUUUAUACCAAUUCAAAUAGGAAACAAAGGAAGGUACCAGACAUAUUUUCUGAAGUUCUGUCCCUUGAGUUGCGUCAUGCAUUAUCGGGGAAUGAUUUGACUAUCCUUGAUUUAAUCAAAUCAAAUAACCGAUUAUCGGAGCUUUCGAUUGAUAUUGGAUCCUCUAUAUUUUACAAGACAGUUGAAAAUGAAAGAAUCUUCAAUUUCCGAAAAUAUAACCUGUUUUUUCAACUAAUUUGUUCGGGUAAAGGUUCCUUCUCUACUUUGAAAGAUUUAAAGCUUAAAAAUUUUGACCUAUUUGAUACCUAUGGACACAUCCAUAAUAUUAAAUUGAAUGACGAUAAUGCUAGUAGCUCUUCUUCAAUAGAUUCGUUUGAGGAGCUCCUAGAAUAUUUGGGGAAUGUUGAGCACCUCACCAUCAUUUUGAAGGAUAAAACAAACAAAUUAAAAACGUGUAUUAAAUGUGGUUUCACUGAAAAUGAUAGAGAUUUCAAAAGUCAUGAAUUGAACCCCGAAGUUUGGGCUGCUUUAUUGAAGCCACUUUUUAGUUCAACUAAACAAAAAUCAACUAAAAUUAUAACUAGCAAAGGGCGUGAAGUGUAUGUUAACUCGAAAGCGACGUAA